CCUAUCAAUGCCAAUCAGUGCCACCUAUCAGUGCUGCCAAUCAGUGCCACUUCAGUGCCUCCUCAUCAGUGUCCAUCAGUGCAGCCUAUCAAUGCCCACCACUGCAGCCUCAUUAGCGCAUAUCAGUGAAGGAGAAAAAUCACUUAUUUACAAAAUUUUAUAACAAAAGCUAAGAAAAAAACUUUUUUUUUUUUCAAAAUUUUCAGUGGUUUUUGGUUUGUUUAAGAAAAAAUAAAAAACCCAGAGGUGAUUAA